UCUGCGGGACUAGGCGUCGCGGCGGCACACUCGUGGCGAGAAUCAAGAGGAGCAGGAGACAGCGAGAAUAGGCCCAGGAAAACGAAGAAAUGGAGCAGCCCGUGCAGAAUGGAGAGGAAGACCGCCCUUUGGGAGGGGGCGAAGGCCACCAGCCAGCAGGAAAUAAUAGACGGGGACAGGCUCGCCGACUUGCCCCUAAUUUCCGAUGGGCCAUACCCAAUAGGCAGAUCAACGAUGGGUUGGGUGGAGAUGGAGAUGAUAUGGAAAUGUUCAUGGAGGAGAUGAGAGAAAUCAGGAGAAAACUUAGGGAGCUGCAAUUGAGGAAUUGUCUGCGUAUCCUUAUGGGGGAGCUCUCUAAUCACCAUGACCAUCAUGAUGAAUUUUGCCUUAUGCCUUGACUCCUGCCAUUUUCCAUGAGAUUAAUACUGUGAUUCCCACUGUUGUUCUCCUUUUCCUUGCGUUUUCCUGAUAUGC